AUGGUCAGUGCUAUAACGGAGGCUAAUAGGAGCCACAGGGCCGAUGAGAUGGAAGCUCCCCCAGCUCCCUGGCUGCAGAGGUUUGACAAGCCUUCCCGUCUCCUCCUCCACACGCUGACGUCCGGGCCGUGCGGGGCACUGGCUGCCUUCCGAGCCCUCCAGCGCAUCCGGGCCUGCGACGCGCCAGGGCAGGCGUUCCAUUGGCAGAUCUUCACCGAGACCUUGUGUGCCGAAGAGCCCGUGCUGCGGGGGCCCGAGAGGACCCUCACCCUGAGACCGAUACUGCUGCUGCUUCCCGUGCUGUGCCAGAGAAAUCUCUUCUCCCUGCUGCACAUGGUGCAGGGCAGUGUGCCGAAGGACUGCCUCAGCCAGCUGCUUCAGGCUACCAGGAAAGAUCCCAGCCCAGACCUCUGGGUGCAGGCCCUGCGGGAUCUACUUGAGAAGGGGCUGAGAGAAGAGAGGAGCUGUUGGACUCCACUUCCGCUGACAGACACGUGCCGGCAGCAGCUUAAAACUCUGUGCCAGAAGAUCGUGGGUGGCACUCAGAGCAAACCGGACUUGGAAAGGAAACGGAGUUGGUUCAUCCAGGAGCAUCCAGGCCCUGAACUCUGGCUGGCUGGGGAUGCGACCGACUCUGCAUCUCAGCUUAGGAAACGCAAGCAAGUAGCUGAGGAAAGUCUGGACCCCGAGGGGGAGAGGCAGAGGAAAAGGUCCCGGUUGGAGGAGGAGGAGUUAGACCUGAAACCUCUGGCAGGAUGCACCUUUGUGAAAGAAGCUGGUGCUAGGGAGGAUGAGAUUGGUAUAGAGGCAUCUGGACAUGGGUCCAUUCAGAGCCAAACCAGGGGGGCCAAUGAAAAUGCCCAGCCGGACACCAUCAUGGAGACAGGAGAGGCCAGUCAGGGUUGCCAGCGGGACGCAGCAGCAAAAGUCCCUGAUUUUAUGCAGAUGCAUGUGCCUAGACUUAAGAUGCUGCUAGAGAUGGAGUCAAAUCAAACAGAUGGGACCGCCCCUCCCGAACUGCAGAUCCUGAACGAAUGCACCCCUGGCCAGCUGGAGGGACUGUGCUCAUUACUCCAGCUCUCAGAGCAUCCGGAACGUGUCCUUGUGCAUUUCUGCACCUGGCUGCUGGCUCUCACGCCCGAGCUCAGCUACACUAACGCCGCGGUGCUGACGGAGCAGCUCUUCCUCCAGCGGGUUCUCUCGCUGGCCCAGCCGGCCUCCCGUCAUCUCAUGGCUGCGCUGACCUCGUUCUGCUCCAAGUAUGCUCGCCCAGUCUGCUGUGCCUUGAUCACUCCAGCCCUGCGGGCCUCGGGGGCAGGCCCUGAGCGGACGAAGCUAGUGUGCGAGCUGAUAGAGGACAGCCUGGAACCAGAGUAUGUGAGGCUGGUACUCAGCCAGGUCCUGGAGAUGCCGUGGUCAGAGGAGCUCAUCACUGUUGUGCAGACAUUGCUGGGAAGGCAGGUGGAGCUGCCCCCUGAGCUCUUUAACCUCCUGGUCCUGAAACUGUGCCGGCUGGCCCAGGAGUUUGCUAAGUCAAUGAAUUACACCAAGCUGAUGAUGGCUGUGCUGACCAUAUACAGCAGCAAUAUUACUCCAGCCCAUCGGAGACAUUUGUCUGGUGCUCUGGAUCUCAACCACACAGCUCUCCGGAAAUCUCUGCAGGCUGCCCUGGAACAAAUGGCUCCCAGGUGA